UAUCAGUCAGGCCGUCGCAGCAACCACGCAUGGCAGGCGCGACAGGCGCGAGCGGGGGAGGGAACAUGAGUGGUCGAGGCGGGGAAUUGUCGAGUCGUAGGGUGGUCGCAGUAGGUCGCACGCCGCAGAGGGAGUCGCGCGGAAUGGGAUUAGGCGACGCAAGGGACAGCAGGGAGGAUCGCCGCGUGAACGGGUGGAGGAGCGGCGAGGCAGUGCGGGCGGGAGAUGGGAGGGAGGCGAGCAGCCGGGAGAAGAAGAAGCGCGUGUCGCGGGUGGUGCGGACGGCGUGGGUCCAAUGCGACGACGCCAAGUGCAAGAAGUGGCGCCGCGUGCCGGCGCAGAUUGCGCGAGCCAUGAGCAGCAGCGACGCCAGAUGCUGUCGCGUGCCGCAGGAGAGCGACGACGCGAACGACAACGACGACGCCGACGACGACGACGAAGCGGAGCAGGACACGCGGGAGGAGAGCGUCCUCGUGUGUCAGUGCGUGCCGCCGCCCCCCGGGCGCCGCGUGACGGGGUGCGGGGACGCGUGUCUGAACCGCCUCGUCAGCAUCGAGUGCGACCCCAAGCUCUGCCCCUGCGGCGCCGCCUGCGCCAACCAGCAGGGCGUGGCGGCGGGGCAGUUCAUAGUGGAGUACGUGGGCGAGGUGCUCAACCGCAAGGCGUUCGCCGUGCGCCUGGAGGAGUACAGGCGCGCCAAGCAGCGCCACUACUACUUCAUGACGCUCAACAACAGCGAGGUGAUCGACGCGUGCCGCAAGGGCAACUUCUCGCGCUUCCUCAACCACAGCUGCGAGCCCAACUGCUGCCUCGAGAAGGGCGAGGAGCUGUCGUUCGACUACAACUACGAGCGCUUUGUGGGCGCGCGCCCCACGCGCUGCUACUGCGGCAGCCAGGCGUGCCGCGGCGUGCUGGGCGGCGCUGAGCUUAAGAAGCCAAGAAGCACGGCGCGGUCGUUUGUGCGGCUGCUGAUGCGCGCCACCUCCUGCGGUGACUUCUCCUCUGGUGUCCCCAACUUCAGUGCAAAGGAGGUGUCGCUGCUGCUGGAGGCGCUGCUGCGCACGUCGUCGAGGACGCUGCUCAAACACAUCAUCGCCACCAACGGGCUGAACGUGCUGCAGAUUCUGGGGCGCAAGCUGCAGCACGAGAGGGAGCGCGUGGCCAUCCUGAGGAAGCUGCUGCGCGUGGCGCACCACCUGCACGCCACUGCCGCUCUCUCCCUGCAGGCCGCACAUGCCAUCCCGCCCACCGCCAACGAGAGCUUCUCGGCGCUCAUCGGUCAUUCUGUCGCUGCUGCUGCUGCUGCUGCUGCUGCUGCUGGUUCGUCUGCCUCUUCUCCCCCCGACCCCUCUUCAGCCACAGCCACGACCGCAGUCGACCCCUCUGCCUCUGCCUCGGCUCCCGCUCCUUCGCCUCUGACUGCUCCCCCCUCUGCUGCGGCUGAUUCCUCCGCUGCUGCUGCUGCUGCUGCUGCAGCUGCCGCCAGCAUGCCCUUCCUGGCGCACACGCUGCGCCACCUGCAGUCGCUGCCACACUUGCACUCAUUGCCGCACCUGCAGUCGCUGCCGAUAGGCAUGAACCUGGGUAUGGGGGGGAAUCUGGGGCUGGGCAUGGGCAUGGGUAUGGGCAUGGGCAUGGGCAUGGGCUUGAACGUCCCCCCCAAUCUGUGCCACCUGCUGCCGCUGGCGUGCCACUUCCCCUUCCACUACUCCCUGCCCCUGCCUCUGCGCCUCGCCCUCGCUCAAGACCCAGCCUCCCUGCUGCUGCUGCAGCAGCAGUCGCCUGCAGCAGCGGCAGCCGUGGCAGCGGCAGCAGCAAUGGCAGGGCCUGGGGGUCUACCCCAGGGGGGUGGAGACGCAGGAGAAGCAGCACACAGGGCCCCUGCUGCACCUGCUGCUGCUGUUGCUGCUGGUGCUGGUGCUGGUGCUGGUGCUGCUGGUGCUGGUGCUGGUGCUGGUGCUGGUGCUGCUCUGAAGCCCACCUCUCGCUGCAUCGCCCUCCCUCCCCCCCUCUGCGCACCCCUCGCACUUCUCUGCCGCCACCACGGCGGCAGCAGCAGCGGCGGUGCAGCAGAUGAUGCAGCGGCGGAUCGGCCUCGCCCUCUCCCACGCUGUCUCCCAAGCCACCGCCGCUGCUGCCGCUGCCACUGCGGCUGCCAAGGCUUCCGCCCCUUGCCAACUGCCUGCUGUCCCGGCGUCUGCUGCCCCCUCUGCCCCGCCUGCUCCUCCCGUGCCGCCUCCUCCGCCGUGCCACAUGCCACUCAACCCCUCGCCUGCCCUCCCUCCUCUCCCUCCGCCCUUCCUCCCUCACAACCCUCCCAUGACCCGACACCUGCUGCUGCUUCGUCACCCUCUCCCCCAUCCCCCUCUCACAAGCUCUCCUCCCCCUCUCACCUCACCUCUCACCUCACCUCUCACCUCACCUCUCACCUCACCUCUCACCUCACCUCUCACCUCACCUCUCAGCAUGCCUCCCCGCCUCACAGCCCGACCUUUCCUGCCCCUGCUCCGUGCCCUGCACCCGUUGAUGCUGCUGCUUCCAAGGGCCAAAGAGGAGGCACGCGUGGAGGAGCGUGGGAGCAGAGAAGGAAGGAGAGAAGGGAGGGGAGAAGGAAAGGGAGAAGGGAGGGGAGAAGGGAGGGGAGAAGGGAGGGGAGAAGGGAGGGGAGAAGGGAGGGAGAAGGGAGGGAAGGAAGCAGAGAUGGAAGGGGAGAAGGAAGGGGAGGCAAGGUGGGUGGGGAUGGAGUGGGGAGGCACGUUCCAGGGUGUGGUGGGUUUCCAGCUGCUCAACUGCUUGCACCAUGCGCCUCUGUAUCUUCUUCUUCUGCUGCUGCUGCUGCUGAUGCGGCUGGCACAGCGAGCGGGGAAGCUGGGCAGAGGACGGAGGGGUCAGCAGCAGCUGCAGCAGUGCCCUGUGCUGCAGACCACCCGCCACGCUCCCCCCCUGCUGCCGUGCUCACAGCAUGUGCAGCAGGCAGUGGGGGCAGCACAUGGCAUGGAGUGGCGGCACAUGCAGCAUCAGGCGCAGCAUGUGAUGGAUCGCAUGCCACGUGGCAUGGUGCAUCAUCAAACGCCACUCAUGCCAUGGAUCCCUCGCCUGGCUCUAUCACCCUCCCUUUUGCCGCCACUGCAGCUGCUGUUGAGCCUGGGUGCAGUGGGGUGGGAGCAGAGGUGCCCAGUGAGAGGCGGGGAGAGCAGGGCAUGGCAGGGGAGUGGAGGGCAGGCACGGAGGGGGCAGGGGCACGGGGUGUAGGGGAGCAUGCUGAGGGGGGUGUGGUAGCAGGCACCGGUGCAGGUGGCGCAGGUGGUACAGGUGACGCUGCUGUAGAGAGCAGGACAGCAACAGCAGCAGCAUGGGCGAGCGGUUUAGGUGGGUUGGCUGCGGUACGUGAGUGGGAAGGAGUGAAGACUGCCGCGGCACCCAUGGCGCCACGGCCGCUGUUCAAGUGGGUGGUGCGGGAGAUCCCCGCACAUGAGCACAUGCACGCAGGCGCCGCACCGCAUGCUGCUGACAUGGCUGGUACGGGCAUGGCUGGUGCAGGCAUGGCUGGUGCAGGCAUGGCUGGUGCGGGCAUGGCUGGUGCAGGCAUGGCUGGUGCAGGCAUUGGAGGUGCGGGCAUGGGAGGUGGCGAGGCAACAUUACGAGCACUGAACAGUGGUGGAAUGAUGUGGGAUGGGGGAGUGCGGUGGGGGGAGAGAGUGGGAGGAUUCGGGUUUAUGCAAGGGGCACAAGGGCUUGCCGCAUAUGGCAUGGCGUAUGGCAUGCGGUCAGUGCAGCAGGCAGCAGUGCAGCAGCAGCAGCAGCAGCAACAGCAGCAGCAGCAGCCAUACGAUACAUGCAUUUAUGGAGAUGGAGCAGCAGUGGCAGCAGCAGGCAGAGGGAUGGGGUACACGCAGGCAGCAGGGCCAUGGGCUAUAGAGCACGGUGGGUGGCAUGGGGCUCGUGGUGGAAACGUGAUGGCGGGAGGUGUAGAGGCAGAGGAAAUACCCUCUCAUGGACCAGACUCAGUGCAGGUUUCUCACACUGCUAACAACGCCACUGACACCGCUUUUAACACUACUAAUACCGCUCAUAACACCACCGACACCGCUCAUAACACAACUGACACCAGUUACAGCAUGGACCUGUCGCCGAAUUCGACUGAGAUGACACUGGAGCUGACUAGCAUGGGGCUAGGUUUGACUGACAUGAAACCAGACUUGACGAAUCUGGUUUCAAAUGAGUUGACUAACAUGAAACCAACAGCUGUUGACAUGAAACCAGCAGCUGUUGACAUGAAACCUACAGCCGCGGAUAUGAAACCGACAGCUGUUGACAUGAAACUGGCAGCUGUUGACAUGAAGCCAACAGCUGUUGACAUGAAAUCAGCAUCUGUUGACAUGAAACCAGCAGCUGUUGACAUGAAAUCAGCAUCUGUUGACAUGAAACCAGCAUCUGUUGACAUGAAACCAGCAGCUGUUGUCUGGAAGCCGACAGCUGCUGAUACGGCUGAACAGCAGCCGGUACCCGGUGGUAGUGUUGACACGCAACAGAGGGCAGGGAAUGCGGCUGAUGCGAAGGGGGGGGAGUAUAGCAUGACUGACAUGGAGCAGGGAGGAUUUAGCAUGGCUAACAUGACGCAUGCUUUGCCACAGCCGCAUGUGGGCCACGAUCAUGGGGAUGGGCGAGCGCCCGUGAUGCGCACGUUGAGCAAGGACGGCAUGGCCGCGUGCGAGCACAGCUGGCAGCGCUGCCCGAGCCACGUGCAGCAGCAGGGGAAGGCGCAGGAGAAGCAAGGGGCGCGGUGGCAGCAGCAGCAGCAAGGGGUGGGGCAGCAGAGCGAAGCGGAGGCGGAGAAGCAGGAGUGGCGGCAGCAGGCACAGCAGCAGCAGCAGUGCGUGAAGGAGGAAAGGGUGGAGAUGGCGGGGGGGAGGGAGAAGGACGCAGGCAUGGAUGCAGGCAUGGUUGCAGGCAUGGAUGCAGGCAUGGUUGCAGGCAUGGAUGCAGGCAUGGAUGCAGCGAGCCGGACGCAUGGCGAGGCGACGACGGCCUCUGAGGGCCGUGAAGGGGGCGAUGGAGGGAGGCGCAGGAGGGUGUGGCAGCGAAGGGAGGUGUGGCAGCGAAGGGAGGUGUGGCAGCGAAGGGAGGUGUGGCAGCGAAGGGAGGUGUGGCAGCGAAGGGAGGUGUGGCAGCGAAGGGGGCGGCGGCACAGGAUGCACGGUUGGUGGAAGGGGCGACGAGGCAAGCAGAGGAGGGGCAGCAGGGCGAGACGCAAGGAGGGGCGAGCAAGGCACAGAGCGAGGGGGAGAAGUCAUAUGGGAAGGUCGGUUGUGGAUAGCGAGCUUCAAGUGCAGCAGCAACCAGAGCUUCAGGUGCAGCAGCAACCAGAGCUACACCGGCCAGUUGUGAGCGUCCUAAAUCAGGGCCUUGUAGCACCACCUGUUAAUGCUGCUGCUGCUGCUGCUGUUGGUGCUGGGUGUGGUGGUGGUGGUGGUGGUGGUGGUGGUGGUGGUGGUGGUGGUGGUGGUGGUGGUGGUGGUGGUGGUGGUGGUGGUGGUGGUGGUGGUGGUGGUGGUGGUGGUGGUGGUGGUGGUGGUGGUGGUGGCAGCACUAGUGGCGCCACUGCUGGGCCAUCAGCAGCACAGCCGCAGUCACUGACAAGCCCCAUGCCAGCAGCAGCAGCAGCAGCAGCAGCAGCGGCAUCGGCAGCAGAGGAAGCGGCAGCAAGAGGGUGUGCAGCACAGUGGCAGGGGCAGGGGCAGGGGCAGGGGCAGGAGGCACAGCAGCAGCACAUGCAGGUGCAGGCGUGGCAGCAGCACACGGAGCACACGGAGCACACGGAGCACACGGAGCACACGGAGCACACGGAGCACACGGGCCGAGGGCAGCACAGAGAUGCGCCUUCAUGGCUUUCCCGGGCCUCUGGCGCCCCGCGCUUCACCUGCAACUGGCAUGUGGAACCCGCCCACUGCACGCACCCCCUCGCCAUCCCUCUCCUCCCCGCCUCUCCCCCCUGCCUCUUCCUUUCCCCCUCAUUUCCCCCGUCUGUCUCCUGCGGCACCUGCUGCCCUUGCUGGGGGCACUUCUUGUGCCCACCCAAACGCCCUGUGCGCGCUGUCGCAGCAGCAGGUGCAGUGUCAACUGGAGUAUCAGCAACAUGAACAUCACGAGCAUCAUUAUCAUCACGAGCAGCAGCAGCAGCAGCAUGAGGCCACCCAGUGUGCAGGCGAGGAUCCUCCCUCCCUCUGUCCCAUGGCACCGCCUCACUCUGCUCCUCGUGCUUCCCCCACUCACUACCCUGCUCCUCUUCCAUUCCCUCCUCCCUCGCCUCGUCCUUGCCCUCGGUCCUGACCUCCUCUCUGCCGCUCUCAUGGCGCCGUGCAGGCCGGCCCGUGUGGAGCGUGAGCACCGUGGCCGUGCCCGCUAGCCCCUGGGGCGAACAGCCCGCUCUCACUGCAGCACACGGCGCGGCUGAUCUCUGCACCGCUGCAGAUGCCACACAGCAUCCCACGCCUCAUGUGGACGCCUCGCCCAACCAGGCACCCUCUGUGGCACCACCUGAGCCACCAUCCUCCCUCCACAUGUCUCCUCACCCCCCUCCUUCUCACCCCCUGCCGCCUCUUUCCCCAGCGUCGUUCCACCCUGCACCAGAUGCCACCUGCCCUGCAACUUCCACCACCACCCUUUCCUCUCUGCAGGCCAGCACCCUGCCUCACGCACCCACGUGCCUCCCCCCCUCUCCUGCUGCAUCCCUUGCCCGCUUCCCACCCGC